AAUGUCAACUUAUGUAAAAAUUAAUCAUGUUAUUUUAAAAUUUUCAUUCCUAGUCUUCACCACCACCACAUGGGACCAGGCAAUUAUACCUGCAUUUCAGGAUUUCUUCUUCUGGGAUUAUCAAAGGAACCAGAACUGCAGCCCCUCAUAUUUGGGCUUUUCCUCUCUAUGUACCUGAUCACUGUGUUUGGAAACCUGCUCAUCAUUGUGGCUGUCAGCUCAGACUCCCAUCUUCACACACCCAUGUACUUCUUUCUCUCCAACCUGUCCUUUGUAGACAUCUGUUUCAUUUCCACCACCAUACCAAAGAUGCUGAUGAAUAUAAAGACACAGAACAAUGUUAUAACCUAUGCAGGCUGCAUCACCCAGAUGUAUUUUUCCAUACUCUUUGGAGGUUGGGACAACUUUCUUCUGGCUGUGAUGGCCUAUGACCGUUUCUUGGCCAUAUGUCACCCCCUGCACUAUAAUGUCAUCAUGAAACCCCGGCUCUGUGGACUGCUGGUGCUGGUAUCCUGGGUCUUGAGUGUUCUAAAUUCCUUGUUACAAAGCUUAAUGAUUUUGCGAUUGUCCUUCUGUACAGACUUGGAAAUCCCCCACUUUUUCUGUGAUCUCAAUCAGAUGUUCAAACUUGCCUGUUCUGACACUUUUCUUAAUGACACUGUGUUGUAUUUUUCAACUGGGCUGCUGGCUGGUGGUCCCCUUUUUGGUAUCCUUUACUCUUACUCUAAGAUAGUUUCUUCUAUACAUAGAAUCUCGUCAGCUCAGGGGAAGUAUAAAUCAUUUUGCACCUGUGCAUCUCAUCUCUCAGUUGUCUUCCUGUUUUAUUGUUCGGUCCUAGGAGUGUACCUUAUCUCUGCUGCUACCCACAGCUCACAGUCAAGUGCAAUAGCCUCAGUGAUGUACACUGUGAUCACGCCAUUGUUGAACCCUUUCAUCUACAGUCUAAGGAAUAAAGACAUAAAAGGGGCUCUGAAGAGAUUCUAUGGGAUUGCAGGUAUAUGA